AUGCCGCGAACGGUGUCUGAUGGGGGAGAAGACGACCACGGCGCCGACGUUGCUAGCCGGACGUCAUCACACCGCCGCAUGGAGCACGGGCAUGGGUAUAAGGUCGGCGUCCCGCCGAAGAAGAACUUCUUUACCGAGUUCUCUGACGCGGUGAAGGAGACGUUCUUCGCUGACGACCCACUGCGGCAGUACAAAGACCAGCCCAAGUCCAAAAAGAUCUGGCUCGGCCUGCAGCACAUCUUCCCGGUGCUUGACUGGAGCAGACACUACUCCCUCGGCAAGUUCAAGGGUGACUUCAUCGCCGGGCUCACCGUUGCCAGCCUCUGCAUACCCCAGGACAUCGGUUAUUCUAAGCUUGCUAACUUGCCAGCAGAGGUUGGAUUAUACACUAGCUUCGUGCCGCCUCUGAUAUACGCGGUGAUGGGCAGCUCCAGGGAUGUAGCCAUCGGUCCAGUGGCCGUGGUGUCGCUGUUGCUCGGGGUCACUCAGGCAGCGCUUGGAUUCUUCAGGCUAGGGUUUAUCAUAGAGUUCUUGUCUCAUGCUGCCAUUGUCGGAUUCAUGGCCGGUGCUGCCAUCACCAUUGCUCUUCAGCAGCUGAAAGGAUUCCUUGGAAUUGCAAACUUCACCAAGAAAUCUGAUAUUGUAUCUGUCAUGAAAUCAGUUUGGGGAAAUGUUCACCAUGGGUGGAAUUGGCAGACAAUACUGAUAGGAGCGUCCUUCCUGGCAUUCCUUCUGGUUGCCAAGUACAUUGGAAAAAGGAAUAAAAAGCUCUUCUGGGUGUCUGCAAUCGCACCUCUCACUUCGGUGAUCAUAUCCACAUUUUUUGUGUACAUCACUCAUGCAGAUAAGCAUGGUGUUGCAAUUGUCAAGAACAUAAGGAAAGGCAUCAACCCACCUUCAUCUAGUCUCAUAUACUUCACUGGCCCAUACUUGGCAACAGGAUUCAGAAUUGGGGUAGUAGCUGGAAUGAUAGGCCUAACGGAAGCAAUUGCAAUUGGAAGAACAUUUGCUGCCCUCAAGGAUUACCAGAUAGAUGGGAAUAAAGAAAUGGUGGCUCUAGGAACCAUGAACAUUGUUGGUUCAUUGACUUCUUGCUACAUAGCCACAGGUUCUUUCUCACGGUCAGCAGUUAAUUACAUGGCUGGCUGCAAAACAGCAGUGUCAAAUGUUGUUAUGUCAACUGUCGUAAUGCUUACAUUGCUGUUGAUCACCCCAUUGUUCAAGUACACUCCAAAUGCCAUCCUUUCCUCAAUCAUCAUAUCAGCAGUGCUUGGUUUAAUUGACUAUGAGUCGGCUUACCUUAUCUGGAAAGUUGACAAACUGGACUUUCUAGCAUGCAUGGGAGCAUUCUUUGGAGUCAUAUUUUCAUCAGUGGAGUAUGGCUUGCUCAUUGCGGUUUCGAUAUCUCUUGCUAAAAUUCUUCUCCAAGUAACACGGCCAAGAACAGUUUUACUUGGAAACCUUCCACGAACAACUAUAUACAGGAAUGUAGAACAAUAUCCUGAUGCUACCAAGGUUCCAGAGGUGCUAAUUGUUAGAGUGGACUCAGCUAUAUAUUUCACAAACUCCAACUAUGUUAAAGAGAGAAUCCUGAGGUGGCUAAGAGAUGAGGAGGAGCAACAACAGGACCAGAAGUUGCCAAAAACUGAGUUUCUAAUUGUUGAUCUGUCUCCUGUAAUUGAUAUCGACACAAGCGGAAUCCACGCUUUGGAGGAGUUGUUGAAAGUUCUUGAAAAACGCAAAAUUCAGCUGGUUCUUGCCAAUCCUGGGCCAGCGGUGAUCCAGAAGCUCCGCUCAGCUAAAUUCACGGACAUGAUUGGUGAAGACAAGAUAUUCCUCACGGUCGGCGACGCCGUGAAGAAAUUUGCCCCCAAGGUGGCGGAUAAUGUCUGA